UGCUGCGUCUCCGAAACACGCAUACAGGAUCCAAGUAGCGUCAUUCAUUUGACCUCACCAUGCCAAAAUAAAGAACCGACUCGAUUUACGCUUCGUGUAUCUGGAAGCCCUGAUUCUGCUUCCCGUGGCCUCGCUGGCUUAGGUAUAGCAUUGAGUCCUAGUGCAGAACUAGCUCUCUUAGAGUGGAUCCCAGUAGACAGUCGUUUGUGCGCUGUCCGACUGAACGGAACAGUAAGAAUCCGGAAAGAUAGGGACACUCGUCGUUGCCUCUUCGUCGUUUCUGCCUAUUCUUCCACUGACUGCAGCUCAGAUGAUGUAAAAGAUGAGUUUUACAAAAAGCUUUCCGACCUUCUCCGAAAAGCUAGGCGCUCGGAUGUAGUAAUAACGGCCGGUGACUUUAAUGCUCAAGUAGGUAAACUAAGGGAUAGGGAAAGACACCUGGGUGGAUCUUAUGGUGUCGUGGCUCAAAGAACAGAUAAUGGCGACCGUCUGUUGCAGCUAUGCUCAUAAGGAAAAACAUCUUUUAACAUGGAGACCCCCUAAUUCGUCCCAACGUUGGACCCAAAUAGAUCACAUCGCUAUCAGCCACCGAUGGAGGGGCUCGAUAGAAGACUGUCGCUCAUUCUGGAGCACAUGCUUAGAUUCAGAUCAUGCUCUAGUGCGAGCGCGUAUUUGCUUGCGUCUUACUGGACGGAAGAAAGACGCUGCAAGGAAACCUCUUAGGGGACUACUUAAUGAUAGUCAAGCUAAGAGUAUAUUUCAGGAACAACUAGGAAAACAGUUAGGCAGCCAUGUAUGUGAUGCCCACCCCGAGGCAGCAUGGAAUGAUAUCCGAAAAGCUGUGGAAACAGUAGUGAUAUCUGCUAGUAAGGUAAACCAGAAGGUUAGGGAGCAACACUGGAUCUCAGCAGCAUCUAUCUCAAUGAUAGAUGCUCGGAAACUCAUUCAACCUGGCUCUGAACAUAAUGAAGAGCGGAGUCAGCUUAAGCGCAAGCUGAUAAGAAGUCUACGCAAUGAUCGCGAACAGUGGUGGGUAGCGAAAGCAAGAGAGAUGGAAAAGGUAGCGGCAAUAGGUAAUAGCAGACAAUUGUUCAGACUUGUUAAGGAAACCGGUAUUAAGAAACCGACUGUUAGCGAAACACUCUCAGAGAAAGAUGGACAUAUUAUACAUUCUCAAUCCAGGAGAUUGGAUCGAUGGGCAGAACACUUUAGGGAUCAGUUCAACUGACCUUCAGCCACACUUCGGUUUCCCACGAUCUCUAGUCAACCUGAAUGGCAAGUUAAUGUAGGUCCUCCGUCCCUUUACGAAGUUGAAAAAGCCAUAGGAAAUCUGAAGCGAGGGAGAUCAGCAGGCCCUGACAGGUUUACUCCUGAGAUUUUUAAGGAUGGUGGUCCAGUAUUAGCAGUGAGAUUAACUGAGGUCUUAGGUAGAAUUUGGGAACUAGACGUAAUCCCAUCUGACUGGUCUCAAUCACUGAUUGUGCCAGUUUUUAAGAAAGGACAAAAGUCCUCUUGUGACAAUCAGAGAGGAAUCAGUUUGACUAAUAUAGUGUCUAAAAUAUCAGCUUCAAUAAUACUUCGACGCCUAAUCAAAGCUCGUGAAGAGCAGAUUAAAGAAAACCAGGCCGGUUUUCGACCUGGACGUGUUUGUAUAGAUCAGAUAUUCACACUACGUCAGGUUCUAGAACACAGACACACAUUCAGACGCCCCACAAUGGUAGUAUUUCUCGACCUUAAGGCGGUAUUCGACUAUGUUGAUCGUGAGGUUCUAUGGCAGUGUUUGUUGUCCACGUGGACAACUGCGGACACUCACGAUGAAAGCUCCACGACCAAACCAUCCAGCUCAGAGAACAAAACUCCACCAAAAUCAUCCACCUGAGCUACAAAUCUUCUCCACCAUCUCAAGUAUUAUAAUGCCUAUGUAGUUUUCACAUUUGCUCAGAUAUGCUGUUUUGGUCUCUUGAUGAUGUAUGCUUCUUUUCAGUCUGUCGGCACUUGUUCUUCUACCCAGAUCCUCCUGAAUAGGAUGUGGAGCAUCCUUGCAGUUACCUGAAUGUUUGAUUUCGGCGCUUAAGCUGGUACGUUGUCUGAUCCCGCUGCUUUCUCACUCUUGAUCUGUUUGGUGUUCAUGCUGAUUCCUUCAAUCGACAGCCAUAGGAAGAUUGUGUAUGCUGCUUCGAUGUCCAGUGGGUUUAGUGGUGCUGGUCUAUUUCCAAGUUCUUCAGAAUGUUCUACACACCCGUUCCGCUGUUCUUGAAUCUUAGCGAUAGGCUUGCUUACUUUUUGAUUGAUCGCUUUGGUCCACCAUAUUUCCCUGCUAGUUUUUUCUUUAUCGAUAAGUCUUGCUAACUGAACGCUAGAUUCGGUUCCUAAGCUCUUCUAAUAACCCACAGGCUAAAUCUACACAGCGAUUCGAACACGAGAGAAAAGGUGUGAAAUAUGUAAGAAACACUUUACUCCAAAGGUUCAUUUACAUACAGAAAAAUCUAGGGUUUUUAUAGUAUUUUAGAUGUUCUUGAGUUUCCCGAAAAUUCUGGAAUACUACUAGACAUAGUAGCAGUAUAGGAAAUUAUCCGAUCAGAAACUCGAAAUGUGACUUUUCACUUUCUAGGUGUUUCUGGUAAAACUUCCAGUGAAUGCUAAUUGGAUAAAACGUUUCUCAGCGUUUUCACAGUCUUUGUUGGCUUUUUUCUAGGAGUUUUCUUGAUCUCCCCAGCAGUUAUACCAUAUAGUUGUCUGAUAUUUCCUUCUGUUGAAGCUUUUUCCACUGUCAUUGCCAGGUCUUCCACGUAUUUCUGCUUGUCGGCUCUAAUGCUCUUCUUUACUUGCUUGUUUGCUUAUGUGUAUUCAGCCUGUGCCUUGACUUUCUCUGUUCUUGUUUGACUGUUGUUAAUUGGUGUCUUCUUGUUCUUCUUUUUUUGAAUCCUGUCCAGGAUUUUGAUGGAGAUGCAUUCUUUAUGAAGGUGUUUCUUAUGACCCAGAACCUCCUGACACGUUGAAGUUGAUGCUUCAUUAAUCCCAUUCCGGUUGUUCUCCAUAGUAGUUUCUUUUCUGUGAGUGGAUCUUGUAAGGCUUGUAACAUGUUGCUGUGAGCUAUUUGGAAUUCAUUGAGUUUGUGAGUAUCUCAAAUGCCCUGGUAUGGCCGAGAGCGGGAUGGGUCCGCCCUCCCUCUCGAAAUACUCUCACACGGUCACGCGUAUACGGCCUCUGCCGGGGAAGUCCUACUCACUGCCUUCCCGUGGCAGGGGUGUUGUUUACGAAAAUGAGAGGACGAAAAGCGAAUGUCCGGCGCUUCAACCAGAUGGUGGUGACUUUCUGGCUAAGGAACUGACGACGUUGUUUACAAAGGUUUAGGAGCUAGAGAGUGUACCAACGUCAUGGAAUGAGUCGAUAGUUGUCCAUAUCUUUAAAAAGGGAUCACGUCGUUCCUGUAACAAUUAUCGGGGGAUAAGUUUACUUCCGAUUGUGUCCAAGCUGUCGGCUUCCGUCAUACUUCGUAGGUUGUUCAAAACUCGAGAAAGAUUGACUCGCGAGGAGCAGGCUGGUUUUCAUUCUGGUCGAGGAUGUAUUGAUCAUAUAUUCACCCUCCGCCAAAUGUUAGAACACCGUCAUACUUAUCAAAGACCAACAAUCGUAGUGUUUCUUGACAUUAGGGCUGCCUUCGAUUCGUUGGAUAGGACUGUUCUCUGGGAUUGUCUAUUGGAGAAGGGUGUGCCUGAGAAGUUUAUUAACAUCCUAAAGGCCCUAUAUACAAACACCUCAGGUAGAGUGAGGGCAUACAACCACCUCUCUCCAUUGUUCCAUUCGAGCAGUGGGGUUAGGCAGGGUUGCCCAAUCUCACCAUUCCUCUUCAACUUUGCCAUCGACGACAUUCUGGAAACAGCUCUGAUGGAUGUAAGUAAUGGCGGUGUGGAUCUGUUGCCUGGAGAAAGACUUCUCGACCUUGAGUAUGUGGAUGAUAUUGUCUUACUGUGCGAUAAUGCCCAACCCACGCGAUCCGCACUUAAUCAGUUGCCAAUCAGUGUCCGUAGGUAUGGUAUGAGCUUUGCACCUUCGAAGUGCAAAGUACUUCUACAAGACUGACAGGAUUCUAAUCCUAUACUCACCCUCCAUGGUGAGCAGAUAGAAAUAGUCGAGAAGUUCGUGUAUCUAGGUAGCUGUAUGAGUGCUGGUGGGGGUGUGAGUGAUGAGAUCAAUUCACGUAUAGUGAAAGCCAGAGCGGCUUAUGCCAAUCUGGGCCAUCUUUGGCGCCUUCGUGAUGUUAGUCUGGCUGUAAAAGGUCGGAUCUACAACGCGUCGGUGAGAGCGGUUUUGCUCUAUGCUUGUGAAACCUGGUCUCUCCGAGUUGAGGACGGUAGAAGACUCUGUAUUCGAUCAUCGUUGUCUCCGAAGGAUUGCUGACAUACAGUGUCAACACCAUGUCAGUAAUGCAGAGGUUCGGCAUCGUGUGUUCGGGCACAGAGACGAUAAUGCUAUUGGUGUCACCAUCUUGAAACACCGACUUCGGUGGCUUGGACAUGUUCUACGAAUGUCGUCCCAGAGAAUUCCACGUCGUGCAUGAUUUGCCGACUCUGGGACUGGUUGGAGAAGUGGUCAGUGUAUGACAUGGUGUCGUGGCAUGAAAGAAAGCUGCAAAGGGCUGGCUUGUGUUGGUGCUUCACGACUCCCUGGUUGGGGUUCUAGAGAUGGUGCAACACAAUGGCUAGAGACGUUAUCAGAUAUGGCUCAGAAUAGAAGCCAGUGGCGAUCCUGCUGUAACCUCCUUUUACUUUCUUCGUAAAAAGUGUAUCUUCCUUAACUGAAAGAUUUAUUCUGAUUGUACUUUUCCGUUUCCCACCCCCCAUUAUUAUUAUUACACCACUUUACAUCAAUCUCUUCGUUAUUAUUCUCUCUCUUUUUCCUUCUCUUUAAAUUCUCAUUGUUUUGUGUGGCGCAUAUAUAUUUGGCGCAUUCUUGUACCAAUGUUUAUGUGUUCAAAUAAAUAAAUAAAUAAUCUCAAAUCAAGGCUCUGUUAAACUUUUGUAAUGUUGUUUCUCCAGUUGUUCAGUGCUUCUUUACUCCAAUUUUAUCUUGACAGCCACCAGGUGAUGAUCUGAAGCUUUGUCAGCCGCUCUCUCUUUAUUUCCACGCCUUCCAUGGAUUUUCAGAAUUUUGUAGUGGUGCAAAUAUGAUUGAUUUGGUUUUCUGUCUCUUAGUCUGGUAAGAUCCAUGUAGCUCUGUGUAUUCUUCUGUGAAAAAAUAUAGUGCUACCUAUAACCAUUUUGUUGAAUGCUCAUAAAUUUGGAAAUCUGUCACCAUUUUCGUUCCUUUCUCCCAGUCCAUGUUGUUCCCUUGAUAUGUUCAUACCCGAUGCUGUACAUUCUCAUCAUAUCGUUCAGGUCUCUCAUCAGGAUGGCCGUGUCCCUCUUUAGGAACUUCUUUAUUAUCUACUGGAGCCUCUUAUAAAACUAAUCUUUAUCGUCGUCAUUGUUGUUAUUGAUAGGUGCAUAACACUGCAUAGCAUUCGUUGUGAUUUUUUUCUUUCCGUGUUUUAAAGAUGAUUUGGUGAUCCUGGAUCCAUGAAAUUUUCAUCUUAUAACUGCUUUUCAUGGUUCUUUGAACAGCAUCAGAGCAACUCCAUGUGUGUUCUUUGUUGUAAUGAAAUAGAAAUAUAUCUUAGUAAAUUUAAGCAAAGAUGAAUAGUGGCUAGCAGUGGAAUCCAGGACGCGCGUCUCGUCCUAUUCGGGACUCGUCAGCUGGAUGUAACUGCAUCUCACAGUUGAUAGUCACUGCGGGAAUCGAACCCAGUACCGUUCGCUUCAAACGUCAUCGCAUUCUUCACUUAGCUACUGAGUCCUGAUAGCCACCUGCUUGUGCAAUGGGGUGAAGUUUAAAUUCACUUAGUAUUGUUCACUUGAAUCUUCCCUUUGAUGUUUAGCACUGUAAUAGAUCAGUCUGUUAUUGGCAUAUGUGUAUUCUAUGCGGAUCACCUCUAUAUAGCCUUAAGUCAAAGGCUCUUUAAGCAAAAUUAUUGAUUAGUUUUUAUUAACAGCUCUUUGGAUUAGCAUACAUUUCUAAAUUUCACUGAAUUCAGGAAAAAAAAUGCAUCAAACCGAUUUUACUGGGUAACCGGUUCUAUAUAAACUAUACACACGCAAUACUAAAACACCGAGAUUAUUAUUAUUUUUUAAAACAUAGUGACAGGAAUAUUGAUAAGAGUAGAUUGUAUACUCAUGCAUACAAGUGAAUCUCCUGCUUCAACUUACAAUGAUGAGUGAAAAAGGAUAAUGGUGACUAUUCAACUGUCUAGUGUUGGAAGAUGCAGAAAUCCUAUUGAAAUGGUCGUAAUCCAUGGUUAGAGAUCUUAGAUAUCAUGAAUUGAAAUUAAUUACUGUUAGAUUGAGCCACAUUUGAAGAUGCAGACUACCUAGUCAAGGUUUGCUUGAAUAUCGUAAUCACUAUUAAAGACUAGGUGAUAUUAUUGAAAGUCAGUCGUACAAAUUCAUUCAAUCUUUAUCAUCCUUUAAAUCUUGAGUUUUAGAAUUAUCUUAAACUCUUUAUUCUAUGUGUUUAAUGUUCUCAUGAAACGAGAUUAUCUGUGUGUUAGCGAGAACAUAGAUUGGAUCAAAUCAUACUCAAUGCACGCUUGCGUUGGCGCCCGCUGAUUGGCUAAUUCUUACCCAAUCAGUGUUAGUCAGUACUUAGUGAACACUUUAGAAAUCUCAUGUGAAAAACUAUAAAUAUACUAACGUUUUCCCUAUUGCACUUGCUUUCUUCUUACUUCCAUCUAACCCUGUUAUUUGGAAUAUAAUCUCUUUUCCUGUCCAACCGUGUUCUGAUUUGGGCGACUUAUCGAAUGAAUCGGUGUUUGAGAAUACUAAGCAAUAGGAAUAGUUGGGUUAUAACCGUAAGAGAGUAAUAUAACACUGUGCCUAAUGUUUUCUACUACCUUUGAUAUUGUUACUACUUCUACUACUUUGGCAUUUGUCUUGAUAAUUGCAAUUCGUUGUAUUAAAAGGUAAUAUGAAUAGUUGAAUCUACUUCAAGUUCUUAAUUGUUUAUGACUGUGAAUGAGUUGAAAUAUCCCGUUAAAUUUGGUUAUUUAGAAGUUUUCCAAAAAGAAGUAUUUGAAAGAAUCAACCUAGUUGUUUAGUUAGAAAGCAAGGUAAACUUAUUAUUAACUAUAUUUAAACAAAAUUUAUUGUAGGUUAUCAUUAAACUGUUUUAAUUAAACAAAUAAAUCAGUUGGUAUUAUUUCUUUGUUGGUUAAACAAUUUAUUGAUUAUGAGACCGAAGGUCCUGUGUUCGAAUCAGUUAUAUCCCGAUGAGAAUAAUGAAUGGUAAUCUUUUGGGAUCCAUUUAUGAAUUAAUACUAUACGUAUAUGGUUAUUGCAUACUUGUUAAGUAACUAAACUAUUCAUAUUCAUGUUCCUCUUAUUAUGAGCUUUAUUUUGAUCUAUGAACUAUUAUUAUACGAUUUAUCAUUCUUGAAUUAUGCCCCCUGUCUAUCAAUUACUACCUCCCACAUUCACAUCCCCUUUUGGGCUAGAUUUUGUACAAAUGUUAUUUUCUAUUUUAUGAUAUAAUGUGAUGGGUUUGGUUUGUAUAUAAACCCAAUAUGUUUGAAAUGAAUGAUUGAUAUUGUAGAGGUUGAGAUUGGUGUUGUGGACUUAAGAGGUUGGACUGGGGCAGGAAGCAGGACGGAUAAGGACUCUAGGAUGUUCGUACACGUUUUCUGACUCAUUGGUCCGAUAGAUAAUUUGCUGUUCUCCAAUUGGCGGUAUCAUUACUUUAUACAUUGAUAGAACACAGAAUAAAAGUUGUAACAGAAUCUUGCAUGUGCGAUCAUGAAUACGCACUUCUAUAGAGUCCCAUAGUAAGAUGAAAUGACCGUCCAAUACUUGUAGAUUUUCAAUGAUUGUCUAACUUUGGUCGAUUUAUAAAUUCAAUCAAAUGUUCAUGCUGUAAUUUUACAACUGAACCUUUCAAUUCCCAGUCUUGCCUAUUUUUCUAUAUAUAUAUAUAUAUAUAUAUAUAUAUAUAUAUAACAGGAAAUCUCUAUUCCAUCUAAUAAACUAUUCAAGAUGAUCAGUUCUUUUUUCUUUACGUUGGUUUUUUGUCUCUAUGGGAUUUAUAUGUUUUACCAAGUUUUUCUUUUUACUUCUAAUUUCGUAAUCUGUAAUUACCAUUGCAACAUUUUAAUUUUAUGUUUGUAAAUUGAUAUCAUCACAUUUCACUUCCUGCUUAAUAUUACAAAUCAGUUUGUUUGACUUUGUUAAUAAUAUUACAUUAGUUUGUUGUAUUCAAAAAGUACUUAUUGUUAAAAUAGUCAAUAUUAUAUGGAAUUCUUAUGAUGGAUUAAACUGCAAAAUCGUGUAUGGAGGACAGCUCACGGACUCGUUCGAAGUAAACAUCGGUGUUAGGCAAGGUUGUUUACUCUCAAGAGCAGCAUAUCUACAAUUGAAGAACAUCUGGAAUUCAAAACAACUGUCUGUUAACCAACAUCAAAGUCAGAAUUUUCAAUAUAAAUGUCAAAACAUUUCUACUGUAUGGGGCGGAAUCCUGGAGAACUACGAAAGCCAUCAUUCAGAAGAUACAAGUGUUCAUCAACAGUUGUCUAUGCAAACUACUUCGAAACGGUUGACCAGACACUAUCAGUAACAACCUACUGUGAGAGAGAACAAACCAGAUCCCAGCGGAGGAAGAGAUCAGAAAGAAUCGCUGGAAAUGGAUAGGACACAUAUUGAGGAAAGCAUCCAAAUGCAUCACAAGACAAGCCCUCACAUGGAAUCCUGAAAACCAAAGGAAAAGAAGACCAAAGAACACAUUACUCUGAGAGAUGGAGACAGAUUUGAGAAAAAUGAACAAAAAUUGGACAGAACAGGAAAGGAAGGCCCAUGAUAGAGUGCGUUGGAGAAUGCUGGUCGUAUGCCUAUGCUCCAUUGGGAAUAACAGGUGUAAGUAAGUAAUUUACUGUUAAACAUGAAUUAAUGUCAAUUGAAGUAUUGGUCAUCUGUUAUUGUUUUAAUUUUGACAUAUCAUACAGUAAAAACUUACAAUUUUAGUAUGAAAUCAAACUUGGGAUGUUUGAAUUUCUUAGUGAUGAACAUAAUACUCUUUAGAAUACUAAGAUAAUUUAUGAUAUUUCUGAACUGGUAUACAAUACCAGCAGUGAUAUCAGUUAUUUUUGUUAAGAAGGCAACAAAUUAUCUCGAGUCUUUUUGCUUUAGUGAACGGCAACACAAGUGGCGACAAUCUCAUACAAAAUUCUGAGAACCAUAUAGUAAAUAAUUCAUUUGCAAAAUGUCAAUCAAUCGUCUCAGACUACAUUGUUACUUCGUUUCCACACCAAUCAUUCUCUGUUCUCGUUCUCCUCUCUUCGAUCUUCUUAACCCUCUGCCACCAGUCAUUCCACUUUCUAGUGAUGAGACAUACUACUUAUAGCUAAAACGUGGCAUCAGUGCUUGAAGUCACUAACUUCUAGUCUUAGCCAUAUUGGCAGAUGCAGACUACUUGGUUGGGGUCCGCGUGACCAUCGUAACCAAUGGUUAGAGACUGUGGGUGACAUGGCUCAGGAUCGAUCACAAUGGCGUAGGUGUAUACACUCUCUAUCUUCCCUUAAACUAUGAGAUUAAAAUCGCUUCAUAUCUUUCUUUCUACGAACUAAUUCUUUCUUCCUGUACUAUAUCCUUAUAUGGAAUCUUUUUUAUAUAUUGCCACCAUUGAAUUAACUAUUUCUAUAAAUCCGGUGUUAAUCUUGCUGUGCUAGUGAGGUAUGGCAACUUGGACCGAUGCAUAUAUGUGACUGGUCCUACGUUGUAGCUGACUGACUGACAUACUACCUAUAUCUGUCGACAUCAGUAGCAAAUACCACAGUACUGUUGUAUUAAGAAGUUCGCGGUAACAUCUUUCGAUUCAUAUUUCUUAAGUUGUCCUUCCUGAUAUCUUAUUGGUUGCUCUCUUUCUUAAUUAGUUUUUUUACUGUGUUUAAAGAUAAUAUAUCUUGUUAAGUUGAUUCCGAGUACUGUUAAAGUUAUAAAGGCAGUUAUCAUUGUGAGGUUAAGGUUGAACCAAUACAGUUGUGACUUCUUUGAAUAUUAAGCAUUCUUCGGAGUUCCUAAUUUCUUAUUCCCUUAUUCACAGAUAGAUUAUUACGGCUGUUUUUUUUAUUGUAUUACUGGUCCAAUCCAUUUAGUUCUCAUUCCGUAUUAUAAUAAGAAUUUUGCAAUCUCUGGUAACUCUGAAUUUUAGUGUGUUAUUAUAAAUCCUAACAACUUAUAAUAAUAGUUUGAAGAUUAUUCUCGGAUGUUAGGAGCUCUCUUAUAUAUUCGAUCUAUAUCCGUAUUGUAGAUAUACAAACUAUGAUGAAACAAUUAUCUAGAGCUUCUAGAAUUUCACUGAUUGCUUCAUUAAAAUCAUUCAUUAAUGUAAACUAUGAAAUGAAUUAUAUAUCUAGAUUAUGAAGACCUUCACGGAAUACAAUGAACAGCUCAGAAACAAUCAGACGAUUUGGACUUCGCAGAUGAUCUAGUCCUCCUAUCGCAUACACACGAACAAAUGCAGAUAAAGACAGCCAGCGUAGCAGUAGUCUCUGCAUCAGUAGGCCUCAACAUACACAAGAGGAAAACCAAGGUCCUCAAAUUCAAAACGAAGAACAGCAAUCCAAUCACAGCUGAUGGCGAAACUCUGGAAGAUGUCGAUUCCUUCACAUACAUUGGAAGCAUCAUCGAUGAACAAGGAGGUUCAGAUGCAGACGUAAAGGCGAGGAUUGGCAAAGCAAGGGCUGCAUUCCUACAAUUGAAGUAAAUGUCGAAUUAAAAACAACUUUCAACCAAUAUCAAAGUCAGAAUUUUCAAUAUAAACGUCAAGACAGUUCUACUGUAUGGAGCUGAAACUUGAAGAGCUACUACAACUAUCAUCAAAACGAUACAAUUAUUUAUAAACAAUUGUCUACUCAUGAUACUCCAGAUCCGUUGACCGGAUACAAUCAGCAUGCUUCCAAAUAAAGAGGAAAUUAGGCAAAGUCAAUGAAAGUGGAUAAAACACAUAUUGAGAUAAUCAUCAAACUGAAUCAUGAACCAAGCUCUUACUUGGAAUCAUAAAAGGAAGUGAAACUGAUGAAGAAGGCCAACAAAAAACAACACACAUUACAUCAGGAAAUAGAAUCAAAUAUAAAAAGGAUGAAUAGUAACUGGAAAGAUUUGGAUAGGAUUAAAUGAAGAAUACUGUUGG